CCGAACGGGGACACCGAAACUUUAAGAAGACAACCAGACACCAAGAAGAUUGUGCAGAUGAUAGUGUGACGCAUGCGCAGUGCGCCGCAAACCACGUGCGUUUGUUUACCUUCUCUGUUUACAUUAGUCGCGGUCGGAAGCGAGGAAGGAGCAGACACGCCCCCGGGGUCACUCUUGGAAUUUCGAGUGCUGGAAAUAUAGGCACAAUCGCGAGACACAAACUUGACCUUGACCUUUUAAAUGCAGGAAUCAUAAGCAUAAUCGAUGGACGCUGAAAUGAAAGAACUUGACAUUUCGAGACUCUGCAGAGUGGACAACGUGAGUAAUAGAGCGGCCAAUCUUUACAUAUUCCCGUACUCAAGUGAAAUGAAGUGAAAGCUUAUGAAUUCCAGCCAUGAUCUAGAUCCAGGUGAUGAACUUGGUAAAAGCAAUAGAACAGCAGACGGAGAGACAGCAACAGCGAAGAUAACCCACACUCCAGACAAGCACGAAGGGAAGAAACCGGUUGACAGACCAUGACAGACCACAGAACAUCCCGCCCAGUGCAUCUAAAACUCCUUUGGCAGAGACGACCAAAGAGAAGGAGGCAUAAGCAGUGACUAAAGAGACGAGCCCAUUUCAUAGACCCUUCAAAGCAACUGGAAAUAAAAAAAUGAGCUUCCCUAGUGAAACUAGAGCUGACAACACCUCAGCUGAUCAACAAAGACAACUACACAAGAGAAAUGGUUGCAGAAGAUUGGCCAUGUGGCAGUGAGAGAAAAGACAGGACAUCAGCAGUAUGUUCUCUGCUCGUCAUAAGAAAGUGGCUAACCAUAGAUCACUGUAAUGGUCAGCAAUACAAAGGAGCGGGAAGUUCAAGCCAGCGGUGGGCCAAGUUCAAGCCAGCGAAUGGGCCAAGUUCAAGCCAGCGAAUGGGCCAAGUUCAAGCCAGCGAAUGGGCCAAGUUCAAGCCAGCGAAUGGGCCAAGUUCAAGCCAGCGAAUGGGCCAAGUUCAAGCCAGCGAAUGGGCCAAGUUCAAGCCAGCGAAUGGGCCAAGUUCAAGCCAGCGAAUGGGCCCAAGUUCAAGCCAGCGAAUGGGCCAAGUUCAAGCCAGCGAAUGGGCCAAGUUCAAGCCAGCGAGUGGGCCAAGUUCAAGCCAGCGAAUGGACCAAGUUCAAGCCAGCGAAUGGGCCAAGUUCAAGCCAGCGAAUGGGCCAAGUUCAAGCCAGCGAAUGGGCCAAGUUCAAGCCAGCGAGUGGCCAUGGCUGGGCAGAACAGUUUUCAAGCAUGGAAGGUCCCACUACGCUAGAAAGAAGAAUGGAAGAGGAACUGCACCAGCACAUGUCUUAACGUGCUGGUCGAGCAAUCUUGCGGACCUGCGUUCAAUCCUGCGUGCUACAAGUGAAUGGUUACCCCUGCCAUUCCUUGCACGCAGGCGGAGAUUAGGAAGCAAAAUAAAACAGACAAAAGCAGUCAAGUUUCCAAAUAAUGACAAAAAUAUUUCCAACAAAUAUAUUGAUACUGUCACAAGACAAGAUUAUCAUAUAAAUGAUGAAGAGCUUAGAAGAAUGUAUGAUAGACGUAUGAUCAGCAUUUCGGUGUGCCCAUCAGACUCGGAUAGUUCAUUAGGGAAGAAUCUUGCCCUGGCCCAUUGGUGUUAA